AUGCCCCUGACAAGAGGGGUGCUGGCCCUGCUCCAAUCUGCUGUUGCAUAUCAGCCUCAGUUUGGGGCUCAGUAUUACACCUUAGACACUUUGCUGCACUUUCUACCAGCAGCCCUGGUGCCACCUCAGGUCUUGAACCACCUGGCUCUUGAGCCAGCUUGGUCUCCUCACUUUCCUCACUCCCCUCAGAUACAUACCAGCAAUGAAUCUGUUUGUCCUACUGUGGAGGGCGAUGUCUUGAUGGGCUACAUGGAAGGAGACAAGGGUGUUUUUCCUCCUUUGAUGCUUGACCUAAUGGAAGAAGACUCCUUUCCAUCCUCAAGUCUCAUGCCCUCUCAGACCCAGAGGUAA